AUGCGUCGGCUCAUAUCGCGAAGCGUCACCGCCAGUGCCAGCGCCAGCCGCUCGCCCGCGACGUCGGCCGCUCCUCGCUCGUCCCUCGCCGCUGCCUCGUCGUCGUCUACCCUCAAGAUGGCCUCGCACUCCUCCGUCGCCGCGAGGCGGAUACACGCCACCGCCCAGCAGCUCAAGCCCGCGGGCGCGGCCCUGGCCUCGACGGCCACGAGCUACCCGACGACGCACGAAAAGAUCGCCACCGUCGAGGACACGCCCUACUUCGUCGACAACAAGUUCGUCCAGUCCAAGACGGACAAGUUCAUCGACCUGCCCGACCCGGCCACCAACAACCUCGUCACCCGCGUCCCGCAGAUGACCGACGCGGAGAUGAAGGCCGCCGUCGCCAGCGCCGAGAAGGCCUUUGAGUCGUGGCGCAACACCACCGUCCUGGCCCGCCAGCAGAUCAUGUUCCGCUUCGUCCAGCUGAUCCGCGAGAACUGGGACCGCCUGGCCGCCAGCAUCACCCUCGAGCAGGGCAAGACCUUUGCCGACGCAAAGGGCGACGUUCUGCGCGGCCUGCAGGUCGCCGAGGCCGCCAUCGGUGCCCCCGAGCUGCUCAAGGGCGAGGUCCUCGAGGUGGCCAAGGACAUGGAGACGCGCACCUACCGCGAGCCUCUCGGUGUCGUUGCCGCCAUCUGCCCCUUCAACUUCCCCGCCAUGAUUCCCCUCUGGUGCAUUCCCAUCGCCACCAUCACGGGCAACACCCUCAUCCUCAAGCCUUCGGAGCGUGACCCCGGCGCCGCCAUGAUCCUGGCCGAGCUUGUGCAAAAGGCGGGCUUCCCCGAGGGCGUCGUCAACGUCAUCCACGGCGCGCACCGCACCGUCGACUUCAUCCUCGACGAGCCGGCCAUCAAGGCCAUCAGCUUCGUCGGCGGCAACAAGGCCGGCGAGUACAUCUUCAGCCGCGGGUCGGCCAACGGCAAGCGCGUGCAGGCCAACCUGGGCGCCAAGAACCACGCCGCCGUCCUGCCCGACUGCAACAAGAACCACUUCAUCAACAGCGUCGUCGGCGCCGCCUUUGGUGCCGCCGGCCAGCGCUGCAUGGCCCUGAGCACGCUCGUCAUGGUCGGCGAGACCAAGGAGUGGCUGUCCGAGGUGGCCGAGCGGGCGCGCAGCCUGCGCGUCGACGGCGGCUUCGAGGAGGGCGCCGACCUGGGCCCCGUCAUCUCCCCCCACAGCAAGGAGCGCAUCGAGAGCCUCAUCGCCAGCGCCGAGAAGGAGGGCGCGACGGUGCUGCUCGACGGCCGCGGCUACAAGCCCGAGAAGUACCCCAACGGCAACUUCAUCGGCCCGACCAUCAUCUCUAACGUGACGCCCGACAUGACGUGCUACAAGGAGGAGAUCUUCGGCCCUGUCCUCGUGUGCCUCAACGUCGACACCAUUGACGACGCGAUCGAGCUCAUCAACAAGAACGAGUACGGCAACGGCGUCGCCAUCUUCACGCGCUCCGGCCCCACGGCCGAGACGUUCCGCCGCAACAUCCAGGCCGGCCAGGUCGGCAUCAACGUGCCCAUCCCCGUGCCGCUGCCCAUGUUCUCCUUCACGGGCAACAAGAAGAGCAUCGCCGGCGGCGGUGCCAACACCUUCUACGGCAAGCCGGGCAUCAACUUUUACACGCAGCUCAAGACGGUGACGGCCCUGUGGCAGAGCGCCGACGCCGUGGCCAAGAAGGCGUCUGUCCACAUGCCCACGCUGCAAUAG